GAGUGAACGUAUAUACCGUGUUUAGAAUGUGAUUGGGACCUUUCUGGUAUGUGGUACGCUUCCGCUGUUGUCCCAUUACCCCGCAUAUGGCACGAUUCCCUGCGGUGGACCGUGGAACGCGGUUCAGCUCUCACGGGAGUCUAUAUACUUCCUACGUUGCCCCGAGGCUGAUAUAUAUAGGCUGUGGAUAGCAAAAGAAUCUCUCUUUCCUAUCGUCGCCGGCCGGCUAAAGGCAUAAACCAACAUCCGCAUUCGACGACAACCGCAUUCAUCGUUCCUCCGUCCCUUUGUCUCGUUUUAGCUAUCGAACAACAGAGUAGCCCCUGAUUUCCACCAUGGUUACCUCCAUUCCCCGAGUGAGAUCGUCUACCCGACGCGUAUCGAUCGACUAUACCAGAUAUCCCCAUGCGUACCGUUAUGCGUCAUGGUGCGCGGCUGGAUACAGUCCAACCUGCACCGACCGCCGUCCAGGGGAAUCAAGCAGGUCCUCCAACUCCAAAUCGACCACAUAUCAGGGCCAUCCGACCUACCCCGCAUCAAGUACUCCUCGGCUUCGACGAUGCGAGACCCGGUCCUUCCAUGGUUGGGGCGGAAGACGAUGGCCGCCGGAAGACCAUGACGCGCGAUAUGAAAGGCUGCGGGAGGAGAUGAGUCGGCGGCGGAAGCACAUGAUGAAGGAACACAGUGACGCUAUCGAGCAGUUGAAGAAGAGGAUCCAGGAAGAUCCGUAUGAUGCUCUGUUCGGAUGGAGUAAUCGUGUGCGGAGAGGCGAGAACAGACAGCCGAAUUCCAAAGAGAAGGACCAGGCGCAGGCGGCUGCGGAGUUGAGGGAUGGGUCGGAUAUGGUUGGGGAGCAGAAGGUGGAGGUGAUUAUUGAGCCGGGGACGAUCGAGUUGAGAAGUGCGGAGUUUGAAUAUGACCCGAUCUCGAACCGGAUGGUAGCGAAGGAGGCGCAGAAUCUCCAGAUGGAGGUUGAUGAGCCGGUAUCGGAAGCAAAGAGUAUCGGAACCGAGCUACCACCGGAAACCAUCGACGUCGAUGCUACUACGUCGAAACCGGUAUUGCUAAAGGAUGAGCCGCUAGCUGAAGAAGAGCUUGCGUCAAGACCGAUCGAAGGGAUAGUGGCGCCAAUCUCCCCAGAAGAGAUAAAGGCUCCAGAGAAACCCGAACCCCGACUUAACAUGCCCGAGGACGAUCUUGACUUUCUCCAAUCCAGCGAUGUCCGUGCAUCCAUGAGCUUGGCUAGCGAAGCCAACUACCGCAGCGAUGCGGAGAGGGAACAAGAACGCCUCGAGCUAAAGGAUGACUAUAGAGAGUUGCAACAGACUACCACGAACGAAGAGGUUACUCGCCCGACCCUUCCCAGUGCUCCGACUGCCACCACCAUUCCGCAGCCAUUGGAGACCUCGCUCGACCGCGUGAACACCGACGCCGUAUCUACCCAGCGCAUCAAACGCUUAGAUCGAAUCUUGAAGCAUUUGGACAUCAUGACCUCCGACAUGUUCAGGCAGCAGAAGCACAUCGAUUCCAUGCAGCGUGCCAUGGAUGGUGAUCGGCCGCAAGUGACCCUCGAACAGAUUGGCCUUGGAGAGCGGGGUUCGGCUGAGAAGGCGGAAGUCUCUGAAGCGGGAAAGAGAAAAUCGCACAGGGCGGCACUGUUGAAUACAUCACUCGAGGAGGAAGUCGACCACGUCAAGGCUGCGAUGGCAAAGCUUGAGCAGCGAGCGGAACUCUCUGUAAACGAGCCGUCGCAGACACCAGAGGUCGAUACUCUAGAUCCUAACGUAGUAACUCAACAGAAAUCCGUGGUCACCGAAGAUGGUAUGCUCGAGAACCAGAUACGGACCAUAUAUGAGGGCGAAUAUGGACUCAUCGCGUCCGACGAGCCACAGAAGUUGGCGGCCUCGGAAUCUGCACCAUUCGAGCUUGACCACGAGACGAAAGGGACCCUUCAAGACCUCGUCGGGCGAGCUUCGCAAAUCGAAGCAAGGCUUGACGCCCUAUUCAACGCCGUUAAACUGGUCCCAAUCAGUCAGGACUCCGAAGCCGAAACAACUUCUAGCCUUGACGCCCUUGCUCAGAGAGUCUCAGCCGUGGAUUCAAGGCUCGGCAGCAUCAUCUCCGCCAUUGACCAACUGACUGCGGAGGCUGAGCACGACCAGAGCCUUGAUGGCCUCGUUCAGAGAGUUUCAGCGGUAGACUCACGGAUUGAUGGCAUCAUCUCUGCUAUUGACCAGUUGACGGCGGAGUCUGAGCACGAGAAGAGCCUUGAUGGCAUCGUUCAUAGAGUUUCAGCAGUAGACUCACGGCUCGAUGGCAUCAUCUCUGCUAUUGACCAACUUCCAGCGAAGGUUGAGCAAGGAAAGGCCCCGAUCUCCACCAGCCCCGACCCUCACACGAAAGCAGCCCUCGACGACAUCACCGAGCGGCUCUUUCAACUCACCACCAAAAUCGACACCGUCUCCUCAUCCAUCACCCAUCUCCAAUCAAUCAACCACGACGCCAACAGCGACACCAACCAGCUCGCCACCCAAACCGAAGCCACCCUUCAACAUCUCAACGCCCUCAUCAACGAUCUCGACACCCGCUUCGCCACCCUCGCCGCCACCAUCUCGGAGCGUCCCUCCCAGCAAAACUCGGAUCCAUCCGCUGCACCGACCACUGCCACUGAGACCGCGGCCCGCCUCCAGGACUUCGUCACCCAACUCGAAGCCAUGGACAUCAACUUCCGGAAAUUCCGCUGGCAUGACCUUUCGCGCUUCGUUGAGAUCCGCGAGCAGUUGAUCGCGCUGAACUCGGUGGUGAACCCGGAGUCGAAAGGGGAGAGGGGGGGUCAAGGGGACAGGGGUAGGCCGUUUCGGUUGGAGGGAGGGUGGAGAAUUAAGGUGUUGUUAGCGUUGAUGGGGGCGGCGACGGUGGGGAAUUUGGUGGUGACGAAGAGGGGGUUGGAGGGGCAGUGGAGGGGGUUGGAAGCGGAGAGGAGGUUGGCGGGGUUGGAGGAGAUGGUUAUGGGGAAUGGGAGGGGGGCGGAGUUGGAGUUGGUACCGGUGAGACCGUCGGGGAAGGAUAUUGUGCGGACUGGGCAGCAGGCUGAGAGUUCGGGGGGUUCGUGGUUUUGGUCGAGAUGACGUAGGAUGAUUGGUUGCGGAUCGAUGGGUUUUUAUAGUGGUAGUAGUCCUUGAUUUUGGUCGUUCGGGGGUUUUGUAUUUGGUAUGCGAUAUCUCCGCUACAGGAAUCAUCUUCUCGAUAUCCUUCAAAUAGCCACUCUUCUCACGUAUUCGAUAGCCACUCCACAAUGCAUAGAACAACGCUCCUCCGCACGGAACC